CUUUGGCACCAGACAGAGAUACUUCGGGACAAACAAUGAUUUCGCCAGCAGGGGAGAUGUGAGGACCACCAGGCUUGUUUUAGAAGCAGCUGGAAGACAGGUGAAAAGUCUGAGAGCGAAUUUUAUACAUUAAAUUAUUCUGUUAUUUUUAAGAGAAGUGCCAAACAAUUUUUAGGGAAUGAACAUGUAUGGGAAAAUGUAACAAAAAUUGUGGACCUACAGUUACAGAACCGGCAUUUCUGACGAGAAGACAUUAAAAAGGUGAGAGUAGCAUAAGUAAACACUAAACUAAACAUUAAAAAAGAUAAACUAACUUUGAACUUUCUUGUGCUGGGGUAGACUUUAGUAUUUUGACUUGACAGCCUUAGGUGAGGGGUAAGUCAUGGGCUCUACAGGAUCCAGACCCAGGCUGUUUAAAGUAGCUCCGUGCAAUAGCCUGCGGGAGGAGGCACAGCCUGAACCACAAUGGACCCUCCCCGCUCUGCCCGUCAGUGUGGGGCAGCCAUCGGGAUCUCUUGCACAGAAAAAGAAAACCUUACCUCCACUGAGACAGGAAAUAACUAUUUCCACACUCUCAGGACCAUGCUUUGCAGGAAACCUCCCACCAAAGCAAAGUAACAAUUCAAGCAUCAUUCAUUCACAUCCACCCCGAAGAAUGCAGACACUCCAACCACUGACCCUGCAAAUUGGGCAAACAGGCAUGGCCACUCAAAUUGGCAUGGGCAGGGACUGCAGAGAUGGGGUUGUCCCCCUGUUUUCUACAACCGGCAAGACAGGACACUGUGGCACCGGCAGAAUGAUUCAGGGAGGAUUUCUGGAGGCCCAAACAGCUCUCACCCAACAAGCUCAACGGCAGCGGCGAGCUCACCACCGACACGCCAGAGAGCAGAGAAGACAUAAGGGUGUCUACUCAGUUAAUGAAGGCAACCUGAGGCUGAAACUGGCGAGACGACCCACAGAGAGGGACAUCUUCUGGGAUGAGACCACAGAAGAAAGGCUGGAUCCCAGCUGCCUUCUAGACCCAACAUUUCUGCCUCACCUUUGUGAAGGGAGACAGCGAAACCAGCCGAACAAACAAGAUGGGAUCCAGGAAGAUAGAGGUCCCAGAAAUAGAGAGGAAAAAAUCGACAAAAUGGACACAAAUUUCCAUAUAUAGACAAAAACAUAUUAUGGACAAAUGAAAGAGAAAUGGUGGGAAUAGAAGACAGGGAAACCAAACAGAGGGAUAGUUGUAUGUGGUCUGAGUCUGCCAAAAGCUGUCAGGCAGCUAGGACAAGAGCUGCAAGAGGGAUCUGGGACAAUAAGCCUUAACAGACUUGCAAUAUGAAGAAAACUUGAUGUUCAGGGGAUACUUCCUUCAUGGCUGAGUUCAUGGCGCCCUCUAUGGGUGAAAGCAGUGAGACCACUUGACGUCAGGCUCAUUUAUCCCACCACUAAUACCUUUUGAUAGCAAAUAUCCCCAAAAUACAUUUUACAAUAAGUUCAAAGAUUUGGGAUUCAAAUCAGCCAGCUUUGAAGCUUCUUUUCUAUUACUGGGCUUUUGUUAUAGAAAUGAGCACACAAUCUCUCUGUAUAAAGAUAUCCCAUUAUUUGAACAGAUCUGCAGCUCUUGAACAAAAAUUUGAAUAAAAACAGGGAAAUGCUAAUUGGACCAUCAUUCUUCAAGUGGUCUCCCUGAGGCCGGCUCAUAGUGGGCUUAGAGAGGCGGAGAGGAACUGGACUCUGACCAAACACCUGGGGCCGCAGCGGCCGACUAAAUCCUGGUCCUCGGCACGGUGCGUUAGAGGAACACUGCUGGGAUCACAGUCCUCAGCAGGGGGCUGAACGGGAAUUAAACAAGCUAUGAUUAUCUGGCAGUGGCUGACUAGAACUAUUUGAAUAGAUGAAAUAAGCAUUUAGCAGUAUUAAAGAAAUCAAAGGUCUUAAAUUACCUUUAUUGUACUCAACCACUGGGUGUCAUUAUUGGGCUGAGGGACACAGUGAAGUAAACAGGAUAACUGCUUCAGUGUUUGUAACAGUGUAUUUAAUGUUUUGGUAUAUACACCAUUGGGUAUAAAAGGUCACUUGAGCAAUUAAUGCAAAUCUUGAAAUGAUUAGUUAUGAUCCACCAUGCUGCUGUAAUUUGAAAAACUCAUUUUGGCCUGUGAGAACAUUGUACAAAAGUGUUCCCUGUAUGCUUGUAGAAAAAAGUAAACAAUGAGGAAA